GGCAAACACAAGGAAGAAAACACAUACUGUCUAAAUGGUCCCAAAACAACCUUUAACUAAAGGAGGGUCUCUUCCAAGAAAAAAGACUCAGAGGGCUCAUCAAACCAUGGAAGAAGUGAAGCUUCAUGGAUUUUGGCCUAGUCCUUACAGUUGCAAAGUGAUAUGGGCUCUGAAACUAAAGGGUGUCAAGUAUGAGUACAUAGAAGAAGACCUCUCCAACAAGAGUGAAUUGCUGUUACAGUAUAAUCCAGUUCACAAGAAGAUUCCAUUGCUUGUUCAUGGUGGAAAACCGAUCCUUGAGUCAUCUGUAAUCCUUGAAUCAUCGAAGAAACAUGGCCGGAGAAUCCGUUGCUGCCGGAGGAUGUUUAUGAGAGAGCCAUGGCUAGGUUUUGGAUCAAUUUUGGAGAACAGAAGGUAAUUAUAUCAUCUUGCUGUUAUUUUUAUCUUACUUCAGUUGUUUAAUCUUAAUUUUUGACUCAUCGACUCCUUAUCAAAGAUUAGAGUCAAGUUAUGGCUCGAGUCCUUAUUGAGUGGGCACCUGUGAAUUCCCGUUUUGCACUACCCAGAUUGUUAGGCCUUUUUAGGCCAUAAAAUGACUUACUUGAGUCUAGACUAAAAAUUUAUUAAGAAUAAUAGUAGUAAUUAUGAAAAAAAUAUCAUGAAAUAUUUUAUGAAGAUUUUUUAUUCUUUGAUUAGUGUGUUGUUUUCUUGUAUAUGUAAUCUAACGGUGAAGAAUCUUUCAUAAUCACUUUUAUGAUCAUUUUCAUGAUUUUUUUUCAUGAUACCUAUCAUUACUCAUUUAUUAAAUCACUUAGCACAUCUUAAUUCAAUGUAAUAAUGUUAAGU